ACUACCGCCUCUUCUGAGAGGAGACAGUGCAUUUCCUGUUAUGUCUGUGUCGCACACACACACACAAACACGCACACACACACACCUCUCCAGCACUUUUCCUGCGUCUGCGUCUGCUGGGCCGCUUUAGUCAAACACAAUGGAGAAAACAAGCGAGUUAAAAAUGUGCCUGGAGUCCUCACUGAACCGGAUUUUUCAAGCGACGGUGAACGACAUUCUGGACUCGGUGGAGCGGACCUUCUCUGAGUACCAGGGAGCCAUUCAGACGAUCCAGACCGAGAAUGAAGGCCUGAAGCGGCUGCUGUUUGCACAGAGGAGCGCAGAGUCUGACCGCAGAGAUGGAUGUGAGGAAGAUUCUGCCUCCGAUUGGAACAGUCGUCCUUCUACCUCCACCCACACCAGGUUUAAGGUGUCCAUAUGCAGCAGCGACAAGAAAGGCUUAGGGAAGAGGCGUAAGAGCAACCUGAAGGAGAGAGCAUUCUCUGCUCCGUUUUCUCUGCAGACAGAUCAAAUAGAAGAACAGUCACCUGUUGACAGGUCCGUAGGGAUCUCAGUUCCUGUGAAAACAGAGCCUGGUUUGGAAGAAAGUGGUGCCGUCGACCUCUCCCAGGCUUCUCUGACGGCAAACCUGGUAAAGAAUGAGGCCUCAGAGGUUUCCAGUGAUUCGUUCACAGAUAAGGAACAGCUGCAUCCUUCAAGCCCUGACCAAAGAGGCAGUGAGUGCAGCGUUAAAGUCACCGUUGUUUCCAGUCGCUGCACACAGGAGGGACAUCUCAUCAAGGUUGAGAAAGAGGAGGACACUGACGGUGAAAGUUUGACUCACCCAGAGUUGAAGUAUGAACUGAAAUAUCAGGAGUCAGAGUCGGACCAGAGAUGGAUGGAGGGAACGCCCAUGCAGGAUACGGAGCAAGAAGAAAUAAGUUUGGAGCAAAGCGAUUCACCCGUUGUUGCUGAAGACGAGACCCAAGAACAAAGUGUCAACCUUUUACGCUGCCCAAUCUGUCCGGAGACAUUCAGCAAAGCAGCUUUGCUCAAUCUUCACAUCAAAGUUCACAACAAUAGUAAAGAUCACAGCUGCGACCUUUGUGGGAAACACUAUAAGCGUGCCGACCUCCUCUUAUCCCACCUGCGCAUUCACACAGGAGAAAGACCGUUUGGCUGCAACGUCUGCAGCAAGACCUACGCCCACCCCAGCCAGCUCAGGGUGCACAGGCGGGUCCACACUGGCGAGAAGCCCUACACCUGCUCGUACUGCGGGAAGCGCUUCAACGAGAACAACCAGCUUAAGGUCCACCUGAGGACUCACACCGGGGAGAAGCCAUACGGUUGCCGGCAGUGUGGCAAAACAUUCCGAAACGUCGGAAACCUGCGGAUGCACGAGAGGAUCCACACGGGCGAGCGGCCCUACGGCUGCGCUCAGUGCUGCAAGAGGUUCAACAGCCUCGGCGACCUCAAGACACAUUAUAGGAGCCACACAGGGGAGAGGCCGUACAGCUGUGAGCUGUGCAGAAAGACCUUCAGUCAGACCGGACACCUCAAGAUCCACAUGCGGAUGCACACAGGAGAACGGCCGUACGGCUGCGACGAGUGCGGCAAGAAAUUCACGGUGGCCAGCAGCCUGAAGCUGCACCAGAAGACUCACACGGGGGAGAAGGAGUACAGCUGCGCGUCCUGUGGGAAAAGCUUCAGGAGGUCCUGUCAUCUGAAGAGGCACGAGCUGGUGCACACCAAGGAGAAGCUUUUCUGCUGCGGUCAGUGCGGGAAGGCCUACGCUGAUAAUUCCAGCUUGAGGAAGCACCUCAAGAUUCACGCGUCGCAGGAGCGCACCCUGCAGAGCGCAGGAACUACGAGUGAGGCUGGAGUCUCUGCAUCUGCGACUCUUCAAGACAUGACAGAAACUUAAACUAGUUGGCCUAAAAGUACAGCGGCACAUCAGGGCCACUGUAGAGAGAGACAAAAAGGAAUAAAUGUAGUCUCAGAAAAAUUCUAGAAGUCCAAAAUUUGCCAAAACAAAAAAAUCUAAAAAGAAAACUUGAAAAUUUGUGAGUUUCAAAAGUAAAAAAUUACUUUUGGAAAUUUCCUUGUUUUUUUUGUCUAGAAAAUUUCUGAAAUUAAUCUAAAAUUCCAGAAUUUUUUGGCAGAAAUUUCCUCCUUUUUUUUACAAUGGCCCUAAUAUGCGGUCUGUUAUUUCUCUGUGAAUAACAGAGAAACAGUUAAAGAUUCACUGCUGUAGAGUUAGCUAUAAAUCAGUUUGAGUGUUUAGCAUAUUUUACUACAUUAUUUACAAAAGCUGCUCCCUUUUUUUGUCUUUCCUGUUGUAGCACCACCAAAGGAAACGUUUUAAAUAUAGUGAUUUUGUUAUGAAAUCUUCAAAGCAUUAAAUCAAAGAAAUGAAUAAAUGCUUUUUUACAUAUUUACACCACUGAUGUAAGUGACUUGAUUAUAAUUUGUGUGGUCUUGUUUAAUGAUGUUAUUGUCAGCUUUUCUGAAUGUGUUUAAUAUUUGUCUUCGUAUUCGUUCUGAGUUCUGUUGAUUGAGCUGCUGGAAGAUGUUUUUAUUGUCUUUGCUGUGAUACCAGAAACAGUGACCCGCUCUGUUAAUGAGAGGGCUGUUGUUUGUUGUAGUAAUUGUACAAUUACAUAAUGUAGCAAUGUGCAUGAUGUAUUAAAUCUCCAAGCUGUCAUUGUGA